UACACUCCUUCUCCUACGCCAAUCACAACGAUUUUGGAAAUAAAAGAGGAACAGGGACAACGCGCACGCAGUCCCCAAGAUCAAAAAUAUGCGUAGUUACAGGAACCACAUCCGACCGUCACGAAGGCGAACAAAAGACUUCCUUCGUCAUCCCGCACUGCAUCGUGCGCAUUUCAAUCAAGGAGCUGACAGACACUGUCGUGAGAAUGGCCGACAUCAAGCAGGAACACAAGGGCGAGGACGUGGACAGUUACGGGAUGGGCAAUAGCACCGAUCCGAAGAACAUGCAGGAGUUGACGCAAUACGUGCAAACGCUGCUGCAGAAUAUGCAGGACAAGUUUCAAACGAUGUCCGACCAGAUCAUAGGGAGAAUAGAUGAAAUGGGAAGCAGAAUAGAUGAUCUGGAAAAGAAUAUCGCAGACUUAAUGACACAAGCGGGUGUUGAGGGCGGUGAUAAAUAAGCUCAUCCUUCUUUCGAAAUGUUAAAUACAAAUAAGUGACCACUCAUCUGAAGUAUUUGAGAUAUCCAUACAUCAUAUCAUCUCAUCAGAUGGAUAUUUAUACAGACACAGUGUGAAAGAGAGAGAGAGAGAGAGAGAGAAAGAGAGAGACAUAAGCAAGUCUUUUUAUUACAUAUAAAUAAACUUACACUUUUCUAUAUAUGUAUUUUGAUAUUAUUUCAAAUAUAAUUUUUAUCACAGUGCUAAUUAAAGUAUCAAGUAAAGUAAUAGUGAUUGUGUGUGUAUCAGUGAUUGCGUAGUUUCAAUAGAGUGUAAUCAUACUGUUUCUUGAUACUGCCUUUGACAUAAAAGCAGUUCUAAUAUCUUCUAAUAAAAUAUCUCACUGCCUGUAA